CUACCAAUGGGUCAACCAGCUGCUCAACAUGCUCAUCGAGGAGGGAAUUCCGAGCAGUCGGUUGUGGAUCUUCGGUUCUCCGCCUCGGAGGUACUUGAGUACUGAUGACAACGACACGGCCCGAAGUAGAUCUAUCACCGUGAACUACUCAUCACAAAUACUAUGUGGACAGGACGACGCACGCAUGAGCCUUGCACGUGUCGUUUCGUCUGGACAUUGAUGACUUGAUCCAGAUCUCGUUCAUGCUUGCGUGGAUUACAGAACGUUUACGUGCAGAUAUGAGUCGAAUGAUAGUCGUUCAGGACCAUCGCAGUCGUUCUGAGGAGACCAUGAGAACGACGACUAUUCGCUCAAGACGCCACUCUCCAAUCCGCAGUUUUGCUUUGCUUUGCAAUUCGCGGAGCCAUCUCAUCACCUCGUUCACGACAGAGCUAUG